GUGACGUCAACAUAACAUGGAGGGCGAAAGUGAAAUAUUUACCCACGGUUUUACAGAUAUUUGAACACAACAUCGUUAUGGCGUGUCCAUUUGAUAUGUCAGAGAGGGAGGCUGUUAGAGUUAGGGUCAAGAAAUGUGAGGGAAAGAUGCAGCCAGAGUACAAGAAAUUUUCAGUUGAUCCACAAAUUACAACGUUUGAAGUACUACAGAGUCUGUUGGCCCGAGCUUUUCAGAUCAGUGGGGACUUUACGAUAAGCUACAUGGCGUUCGAUAAUGCGGGCCAUGAGCUCUAUCUCAGCCUACUGUCAGACUGGGAUCUCGACGCAGCAUUUCUCAGCUCCUCUGACCCAUGUCUGCGAUUAAAGGUUGAUCUCAAGCCUUUUGAAGAAGGUUUGGAAGACUGGGAUGUCGUCUCGCAGAACGAUGCCAUCCCUCGCCAGCAGUUUGCCGUGCCAAACUUCAUGAGGUACAACGUUGACCGGCAGGCACUGGCCGGGCUUACAGGCUCCUUCCUCAAUCAGGUGCGCUACGUGACAAACCUCGUGCGUAAGGACGUGCUGCGCACCGACCGCACGCACGCGUUCUACGCUGGUGCCGAUGACAACAAGAACACGACUGCACUGUUCAACGUGCUGACGACGUACGCGUACGCUCACCCGGCCGUCUCCUACUGCCAGGGCAUGAGCGACAUCGCGUCGCCGCUGCUCGUCACCAUGCGAGACGAGGCGUGCGCAUACGUCUGCUUCUGCGGGCUCAUGCAGCGUCUGCGGCCGCACUUCCAGCUUGACGGCGCCGCGAUGACGCUCAAGUUCCAGCACCUGAGUGAGCUGCUGCACCGCUGCGACCCGCCGUUCUUCGCCUACCUGCGCGCGCAGGGCGCCGACGACCUGCUCUUCUGCUACCGCUGGCUGCUACUCGAGCUGAAGCGCGAGUUUGCGUUCGACGACGCGCUCUACAUGCUUGAGGUGAUGUGGAGCACGCUGCCGCCGGCACCCCCUGACGGCGAGAUUGCGCUCGCUGAUGCCGGCUUUGAGGCGGCGCACGCGGCGGCGGCGGUGGCGGCGUGCGGCGUGAAGGAGAACGCGUACACGCGGCUGCGCGCGAUCCGCCGCCAGACGUCGCUGUGCGGUAGCCCCGUUGUGAAGGACGCGCCGCUCACCGCGCUCUCGCCCGACGCGUGCUGCCUGCAAGGGGGCACCGGCGACGGCGGCGACGACGCGCCGAGCCCGGACGACACGGGUGCGCUGGAGUACCGCAGCCUCACGAACGCGAUGACGCGGCAGCUGCGCACGGAGCUGUCCUCGUUGAACCGCGCCAUCGCCACGGACGAACGAGUCGACGUCGAGUCGUCAGCGUCGUCCGCGGAGGGCGCCGCCGCCGCAGGCGACAUCAUCGUACAUCACCGGAAGGACAGCGACGUUGGAGCGGACGACGGCUCGCCAACCACGGCGCGUCUCGCGUUUGCGACGCUGAAGGUUCGUAUCGAGCGAGACGGCGUGUGUCUCACCGAGGAGACGGCGCCGCCACAUGGGGGCGCCACUAUCGACCAGCCGGCGCUGCCACACGGCGUCGCCAUCGUCGACCAGCCGGCGCUGCCACAUGGGGGCGCCACCGUUGAGCUGUCGGCACAGGAUAGCGUUGAGACGGAGGGUAACGACAACGAUGUCGCAUCGCUGCCUGAGCAUUACGAGUACCUGACUGGAGGCGCCACCGGAGACGUGUCGGACUGUGACGAGCGCGAGACGAGCGUUGACUCGGACAUCGCCGUGCUGCCGCUGCCCGCGACCGCCGCGACGUGGGGCAGCGACGGUGGUGCCCCGGCAAUCGACGUCGCAAACUCGGGUUGCUGGGAGUCGGCGAGCGACGGCGGUGGCAGCAGCAUCGCCGUGCUGUCGCUGCCCGGCAGCCAGGCGGCAAGCAUCACGCGCGACACCCACGACUCACCCUCGCCGCAGCCUCCUCCUCCGCCGCCACCGGCAACCUCCAACCUCCUCCGGCCGUCCUCCCUCAGCAACCUGAAGCGUUUCUUCUCCGACCGGCUACAGGAGAUGGUAUCCCCGAGCCGGCCAGACCCCCCGGAAUUGAUGAACGGUGGUGGCAGCGGCGGCGUCGCCGGUGGGAGCGACACACCGCUGUCACCAGCAUCCUGCGUGUCAGCUCGCACCGAGAUGGGCGUGUCAGCGAACAGCUACGAGUCGUGGAGCGUCGUCGCGGAGGCAGAUGCCGGCGAGGACAUGGAGUUUGCAUCGGUGGCUGGGCCGCGCGCGCUGCCGCCGCCGCACGAGUUUGGCGUCGGCAAUCCGUUCCUGAUGUUCCUGUGCCUGACGCUGCUGCUGCAGCAUCGCGACUACAUCUUGCGCAACCGGCUCGACUACAACGAGAUCGCGAUGACGUUCGAUCGCAUGGUGCGCAGCCACGACGUGCACCGCGUGCUCCACCAGGGCCGCGCCAUGUACGCAGAGUACUUGCAACGCUGGCAGACAAGCACCACGGCCGGCGGCGAGGACAUGGGAGACACGGGGGAGGUCGUUGACCUGAGCGUGUGAGCGAGCGAUUGACGGAGAACAUACACAGCUCGCAGGGAUUGGGGCGGGAGCAGGAGAGAUCACAGACCUGAGCAGGAGAUGUCACAGACCUGCCCAGGAGAGGUCACAGACCUGCCCAGGAGAGGUCACAGACCUGAGCAGGAGAGAUCACAGGAGCGUGGCCGCGAUGGAAUAGUGGAGAACAGAUGCAGACAGGGAACAUAUUUUCUUAUCGCUAGUCUUUCGGCUUAUAUAACGUUUUGAGAGGCACGUUUCGGUGUUAGUUCGAUGUGCACUCCCUACAUUUAUGAACUGGAUGGUAGAAGGGCAUUGCAAUUGAAUUGCAUAGCGACUUCUCCCUCAUGUAUGCUCGCCUGUUAUGUUGGAAUAUAGAUCUGCGGCACGUUUUGGUCUUCAUUUUCAGUUCAGGUAAAAUUCCAUUAGCAGUCUCUGUCAAUUAUUGCCUAGGACAGUAGUUUUCAUAGUUGUGGUGUCGAGUCAGAGUAAAUAAACCAAAGCAUUGUAAGAGAGAUCGAGUUAUUGAUAUUACCUAAGUGAAAGGGCCAAUUUAGUAGUUUCAAAUCCUUUCAGUAUGGAAACGGUGUGUAAUUAAUUUGCCAACAAUGAGCUUUUGUAAAUGAAUAUUUUAGGAUACUGUUAGGGUUGGGAGGUGAUUUUCGGUCGAAAUUUCAAUAUCUACUUUAUUUGAUAGAUCGCACCCAUGGGCAGCUAUAUAUACAUAGAAAUUAUGUAUGUAGCCUACCAAACAGUUCUAAAUCCCCGCAUUAGUUAAUUCUUAACACAGGCGUUCAAUCAUGGGAAAUUUAGAAAAGUGCUAAUAUCUCCACUGUUAGAAAUGCUGAAGUUGCUGAUUUUUCAAACGAUAUUUCUCGAAACUUACAACUCUGAUUCCAAAAAUUGUUGUUACGUUUCUAUGCUAACAUAUCAAAGAAAAAAAGGCAAAAUUUUAUUUGAUAA